AACGCAGAGGUUUCUAUUAUCAAAUCAAAAGAGUAUACAUACUUUGUGUCAUAACCUCAGAAGCGAACUCUAAACGAGUGGAGCAAUUAGCAUUCAUAUUUACAUAUUUAUAUUCAUAAAGCCCUAUUUGUUGGUAUUCGUAUAAGGUUGUCUCUUUUCUUAUAUUUACAUAUGUACAUAAAGAUCAAAUGCUAAAGUGGCCAGCAUCCAUGACCAUCUUUUAUUGAGCAUAAGACUGCUUUAUGCCUCGUAUGUAUAGAAGAAGUUCUAAAAUAACUUUCGGCACUUUGUUCUAUGUACACACUAUACAUACAUACAUACAUACAGAUGCAUGGACAAGACAAGUUAAUACCAUGCGCUCUUUAGUAGUCUUAGCCAUAAAAGCCUUCUUCAGCCCAUACCAACCCAACUCCAUUCACCUACUGCUAUUCAGUCGGCAGCCGCCAAACGCAGAGGACGCAUCUUCAGAACUGAUUUGGCCUAUACUCGUACUCGUACUUAGCGACUAAACUUGACUUGUGCAUAUUUGUUCAAACGAAAUGAAAAGUUUAGAACUGGUUCAGCGACGCGUUGCUCGAAGGCUUUUCUUGGCCUUAUUGCUUUUACUAACGACAGCCAAUGGACAACCGGUUGAUGAUGCGUUGGCCGCGGACAAUGCAGACACCAAAGUUAUUUAUGAUCAAAGGCAAAGUGGCAAGUACAAUAUACGCAUCAAUAUUAAGGAUGUGGCUAUCAUAGAAAUGGAUAAUAGUGGCUUCGGUGAUGAGAACAUCAGUGAGGAAGAUUAUGAUUAUUAUGACGAAGAGGAUUUAACGGUUAAGCCCUUAAACUUCACAAAACCGCCGAAAGUAACGACUCCGCACGAAGUGAUUUCAACAACAGCGGCGCAGCAAGUCACCUCGCCAACAACCCAAGCGACAUUAUUACCAACAAAAUUGGAGGAGUCCUUAAGCGCACAUUCAACACCAAUUGCAACAACUAUAUCUCAACAUAAUUACAACACUCAUCUACUGAUGGACUCCAUGGCAUCGCAAGCAACACCAGGUGUUACAACACAAGAAAGCAGCGGAAUGAGCUCCAGACUACUUCCUUCACUGCAUACGACGCAAAAGCUAUUAGAACCCCGCACGCAUUAUACAAUAAUCUCCAGCUUAUCAACAGCACAACCAACGGCACCGAAACCAUCACUCACUUCACCAAUUUCUAUCCAAGCAGAAUUGCCGAAGAUUUCGGGUGCUCAAGCGAAGAACAGCAAAACCGCCUUCGUGUUAAAGUCGCAAAAUAAUCAGAAUUUCGUGAACAAAUUUGGCAUGCUCCAAACCCCAAGGUCACCGCUUUAUCCACCAGCUAAAGGUUAUGGUCUACGUUGCCGCACACAUCAGUACCGCGACUUAAGUGGUGGUUGUCGCAAUAAGCGUUCAUCUUCAUUUUUAAAAAAAUUACUAAGCAUCAUUGCCACUUUUCCUUUCAAACACGCUGCUAAAGAUGAACCAAGUGAAUGAGCGCACAAAGAAAACACACACGAUGCAGUUGAAUGUACGAGCACACACAUAAAGAAGUACAUAAAUAUAUAUACAUAUGUAUGUAUAAAGGUUAAAAAACACUGUGAAUAUACACAUAUGUAUAGAUACAUAUUUUAUGUAUAUAUAGUAUAUACAUAUAUAUUUAAAUAAAUGCAUAUAUAAUUCAUGUACUUGUUGUGCUUGUCAUUUAUAAUAAAUAAUAAAUAUUAAAAUGCA